AUGUCGCUGCCGCGCGAGAUCAUCUUCCUGCUCCUCAUCACCUCCACCCAGCUCCUGACGCAGGCGGCACUGGGACAGAACAUCGCGCCACUGCAUGUCAUUGGCGCUUCGUUUGGAGUGAGCGAUGCUGGCCAGCUCAGCUGGACGGCGGCUGCGUAUAGCUUGACUGUCGGCGCCUGCAUCCUCAUCGCUGGGCGCCUUGGUGACGUGUACGGCCAUCGUCGACUCUUCGUGAUCGGCUACGUCUGGUUCUCGCUCGGGUCACUCGGCUGCGGGCUCUCCUCGUACGCGCCGACGAUCAUUCCCUUUGACGUUUUCCGCGCCAUCCAGGGCAUCGGGCCCGCGCUGCUCCUGCCCAAUUCGCUCGCCAUUCUCGGACGCACGUACCGCAACGGCCCACGCAAGGCGCUUGCCUUUGGUCUGUACGGCGCCUGUGCGCCAAGCGGCUUCAUCGUCGGCGCUGUGUUCGCCAGUCUGCUCGCCGAGACGGUAGGAUGGCAGUGGGCGUACUACCUGCUCUGCAUCCUCUGCGCCGCGCUGGCAGUCGGCACGCUGCUCGUCAUUCCCGCAGACGAAGUCGCGCCGCCUCGUCUUUCGCUCAAGCACGCUUCUCGGACGCUCGAUCUGCCCGGCGCCCUGCUUGGCGUUCUCGGCCUCUGCUUCGUCAACUUCGCCUUCAACCAAGCGCCGCUCGUCGGCUGGGACACCUCCUACGUGCUCGUCUUUCUCAUCCUCGGCCUGCUGCUGCUCGGCGGCUUUCUCUUCAUCGAGCCUCGCGUGGGGCACCCGAUCUUGCCCUACCACACCUUCUCCGGCUCGACGAGCUUCGUGCUGGCGUGCCUCGUCGGCGGCUGGGGCUCGUUUGGCGUCUGGGUGUUCUACUACUACCAGCAGAUGACGCUCGAGGGCGCCAACGGCCUGCUCAUCACAGCUCGCGCCUCGCCAGUCUGCUUUGCGGGCCUAGUCGCUGGCCUGGCGACGGCAGCGCUCUUCCAUCGCGUGCCGCCGAGCGCACUGCUGCUCAUCUCGAUGCUCGGCUUCUUCGUGGGCAGCGCCGUCAUGGCGUUCCGGCCCGUCGGCCAGAUCUACUGGGGUCAGGCCUUCGUCUCGACACUCCUCACGCCGUUUGGCAUGGACAUUUCCUUCCCGGCGUCGACGCUCAUCCUCAGCAACAGCAUGCCGAAGGAGCACCAGGGCCUGGCUGCCUCCAUCGUGGCCACGUUCGUCAACUACUCGAUCUCGAUCGGCCUCGGCAUCGCCGGCACAGUCGAGGUGCACACGAAUCGCAACGGCACCGACGAGCAGCGCGGCUUCCGAGGCGCCACCAUCGCCGGCGUCGUCAUGGCGGGCAUCGCCGUGCUGACGGCCGCUGCGUUCUUCGCCUCGCAGUCGCUGCACUCGUCGAGGGAGCGCAGAGCGGAGAAGCAGAAGGAAGGAGAGAAGGCGACGCACGCUGAGAAGAACGAUGCCGGGACGCCAUAG